CGAGGCUUUGCAGAAACUUUUGCGCGACACACAAAAUUCACGGACACCGUAAACUUCUCGUUGGGGCUGACUCGGAAACAGUGGGCCCGGGAGUGGGUAAAAAUGUGCUUCGUGGAAGGUUUUCACUACAUAACUGGGCCCUGGCGCUGGGCGUCUAUCGUGGUCUAAAACCAGCGCUUUGCCGUUUGGAGUGAGUGGAUUGCCAACGAAGCAUCCGAAACAUCCACAAGACCACCAAACCAGCACACCCGACCCAAAAUGCUGACCAUCCACUGCACCCUCCGCGCCCGUCCUGAGAACACCGCGGACCUCUCCGCACGCCUCGCAAUCGCCUCACAAACCUACAUGCGCGAUGCCGGGACAUUGUCCUGGACAGUGCACCAAAGCACCAGCGAUUUGACCGCGUUCAUGAUCGUCGAGAUGUUUGCCGACGAGGCGGCCAAGGCCGUGCAUGAGGCCAACCCGUAUUUCAAGGAACAUAACGCGAUUGUUAAGCCGUGGUUGGUGGGGUUUGAGGUGUCGCUUUGGAGGAGUUUGGAGGGGGGGUAUGUGCCUGUUGAGCCUGUUGAGCUGAAGAAGUAACGAUGUACCGGGGGAAGUAGUAGAGAGGUUGAGGUCACCUUCCGAGCGGUAAACAGGCGCAUCCUUGGAAAAUCUUCGAACAGCAACAUACAUAUAUUGAGAUAGAUGUAGCACUUUAUGCAAUAGGACUGCUUCCAGGUGUUUCAUCUCUAAACACCACAAUCCUCUUCUAUUGUAUCAUAUCUUAAGUUUCCAUUCUACGCUUACUCUUCUGUAUGUUUUCUUGUGCAUAACCAAUAGAGCCAGACGGUGCAUUGCAGGUGGAAGGAAU